AUGGGGAAGUUGGUGGAUGGUUUCAGCGAUUUUACGAUGAUUUGCGGUAUCACGAUGAGAUAUAUGUUGCUAGCGCAGAAGUAUCCAAAGAUGACAAUGUCAUUCUUGAUGGUGCGGGAGAUAGGAAAGCUAUCAACGAAAAUAUCUAGGUCUGCAGUUGAAAAUAGUACUUCGGAUUUAAGUUAUCCUUUGGACAUGAAUGCUCAUGUUACAAAAUUCUUAACUCCGCCUAACCAUAGUGACGGUGAUAGAAAUAUGAUUUUGGGAACGAGUUUCUUUGUAACUCUUUCAGAUUCUGUAGCCGUUAUUGUAGCCAAUGCAAAAGAAGCGAUUGUGUACUUUAAGAACAGUUUCAAGGCCUGGUCUCCCUGA